AUGGCCGCGUCCUCCGUGUCCCGCAGGGGCCCAUGCAAGCGCGACCCCUUUCUCGAUAUCAAUCGGACCUGGAAAUUCGAGCCCGCUAGUCGCGGUUUCUCGAUAACUCUGACCCUGUAUUCGGCCCCGCUCCCCUUCGGGGGCAUCUGCGCGGCGCCCGGCCAGCGCGCGGCGGGCGGCGAGCCUACGAAUGCCAGAGUCCCCCCGACUCGGGACGGUCGUCCCGCGGACGCGGCGUUGGACGACGUCGCGCAGGCGCAGGGGCCCGCGUCGGCCACCACCGGCGCGCAGGCAGAGAUGAGCGCGGCCGCCGAGGACGCGCAGGAGCUGACCAAGUGGCUGUCCGUCCUUGAGGACCACAUGGACGACCGCAGCGAGCUCACGUCCCUGCCGGCGCUCCAGGGUAUGCUCGAGAGGAUGGAGAGUCAGGCGGGGCGCGUGGUGGCCAACGAGCUGAUGUCCAGGCUCGAGGAACAGGGGGGCGAGGAUAGGGCGCUGCAGCUGGACGAGAUCGGGCGUCACCGCCUGCGGGACCUCUGCCAGGAAUUCCACGCGCGUUGUCGGAAGAUCUCCCCUGGGGAGGACAUGGCAAAGCUGCACUGGCGCGUCCAAGCGCUGGAGACGAACAACUGCCAGGCGGAGGAGGGCGUGGGCGACCCGGCGCGACCUGCAGGAGUCGCGGGGACCCCCGCCGAGGACGACCCGCGCUUCUUGCAGGGACCGCCCGGCCCCGACGGCCAGCGAAAGGCGAGGCUUCGGGUGCCAACUUCGAGGAAGGCGGAGAGCUGGUGGAAUCCGAAGUACUGGUCGAUUGCCAGGCCCACAGACUUCUGCUACGGGGAUUGCGCCUGGGGCCUCGGCCAGCUCCCUCCAGACGGAGACGAGGGCCCGCAGAAGCAGAAGGAGGCUCGGCUCUGCUUCAGCGUGGCGCACUUCGUCAAGAAUCUUCUCACUCGGGAGGAGAUGGAGUACGACGCGCCUGCCGACGAGGAGAGGUACGUGGCCAGGCCCAUCAGUCGUUUCCGGAGCUCCUGGUACGACGUGCACCUGCUGUGUUCCUUCUGGAGAGUCACGGAGACGACCAACAGUACCUACACCUUCAUGAAGACGCCCGGGGCGUUCGGGGCCGCUCGCGCCUGCGCGGACAUCACGCCGGAGAUGAUCGAGGAGGUGCAGCUCAGGGCGCAGCAGACGGGCGGGAAGGCCACGCUGCACGGCAUCCUCAAGGAUAAAGACACCCCGAACGAGGUGCGCAAGGCCUUCGCCACCCUGGGCCAGGCCACUGCCAGUCAAGUCGGGCCCGACGGACACAGGCGGGAGCUGCGCGGAGAGGGCGAGGCGCAUGCCCUGCGUUUCGGCCCGCCCGUCCAGUUCGUCACCCCGAAUCUGGCAGACACCAAGCAGCCCCUGAUCCUCAUCGUGCAGGGGGAGGAGUACACCUUCGGCAACGACCUGACCGAGGCGGAGCAAGUCACGUUCAGCGAGAUGUCGCAGCGCAUCGCCGCGGACCCCGUGGGCCAGGCCGUGGUGUUCGAGCUGAUGAUGAGACGGUUCUUCGUCCACGUCCUCGGCCUGCGCCCGGAGACCGUCGGGUGGCGGCGAGGAGAAGUUCGAAAGACUUCGGAACACUGGAUCUCCGACGGCGUGGCGGCCGACCUCAUGGGCGUGCCCACGGUGUUCGGCCCCCUUGCAGCGGCUUUCGGUCCGGUCGAGGCUCAGGGCCGCGGCUCGCUGCACCCGCACAUCCUCAUCUGGCUGCUGCAGGGUCAGCUGCGCGUGCUCCUGGACAUGCUGCAGCGCGACGAGGCGCGCUUCCAGGGGCGCUUGAACCUGUGGAUGCGGCAGGUGGUGCAGGCCGUGGUCGCCGCCCAGCAGAGCGCCGUGGAGCUGCUGCCCCUGCAGCUGCAGGGGGGCGAGAACAAGCGCGGGGUCGUGGUGCCGCCGCUGCCGUUCGGGCCCAACGAGAAGCGGUACUUCAGAGCCGACGGGGGCGCGGAAAUGGCGACUGCAGAGCAGCUCGGGGCCGAAGGCGAGACGGAGCCGCAGGAGCUUUGGUUCUACGAGCCCAAGGUAGACGACUACCACAGGGCGAUUCGCCCCGAUCUGCCGCUGCGCAACAACGACGGGGAGGCCGUGGACGGCGACGCGGCGUGGACAGAGCAGAGGGCCGAAGAGAACAAGGGGUACUGGCGGCGGCCGCUCUCCAGCAGCGCCUCCGGCAUCUUCCCGAGGUACCGCGGCGGGGGCACCCUGGCGGAGUCUCUCCCGAGCGACGAGUGGAUUCGCGAGAUGUGCCGCGACGCGCGCGAGCUCGUCAUCGGCUGCGGCAUCCACGCCUGCAGCCCCUCCUGCUACAAGUACCAUUCCGACAAGACGCGCGGCUCGCAGAUCUGCCGCCACAACUUCUACAACCUGGUGACGCUGUGCACUGUGCACGUGGCUCUGCGCGGCUGCAUCGGCAUCUUCCGGGAGACGGACUACGGCAUGGCCGGGCGCAUCGUCACUUUCCAGCUCCACCCCGGGGAGACCUCGACGAAGUACGCGGCUGUCGUCUCGGCGCGGUGCAAUGUGCACGUGCAGGACAUGAGACGGGUGCUGCCACCGCGCCUGUGGAUGGAUGCGUCCGAGCUGGAACCGCCGGCAAACGAGGAGGACCGCAAGAGCUACAACCAUGGCCUCUACCCUCAGCGCUACGCCGACUUCUCGGUGGGUGCUCGGGAGGACUGGGGAUGGUUCCAGCAUCUGAACACCGCGUCCGCGGAGAAGUGGGACCUCAACGUAGUCACCGGCUGGCGCGAGAUCUUCAGGGAGCUCGCGAACCGCGACAGCCCCGCCGUGGGCGGUGGCGACGCUGCGCGCGCCGAUCUCCAACGCGACCUGGAGCGGCACGCGCUGGCCACCUUCGUGGACGCCCACAACACGAGCUACUGCGUGAACUCAUACACCACGAAGGUGAACCCCAGCAUGGACGACGUGCCCUGCAAGCUCCUCGACGGCGUGCGCCGCCUGAAGAGCCAGUGGGACGACACGGGGGCGCAGGCCGCAGGCGGCGCCGGCGACGAGGCCCAGUCGACCGCCGCAGGAAAGCGCAAGGAGGAUUUCAAGCGCACGCUGCAGGUGUUGGCCCGCUUCGAGACCUGCUUCCGCAGGGCCUCCUGGAAGAGCGGCAGCGAAAUGGUCUUCCCCAUGCUCUUCGGGCACCUCUCCUUCAUGACGCACCGUUGCUGGAAGGUGUCCAUGCGGAAAUCCAUCUACCUGGCAGCGGGGUCCUGGCGCAGGCGAUACGGCCAGGCCGACGCCGCGGAAAGCGCGCCCGCCGCCUCGAUCACGUACGCGGUCCCCAGCACUGGACAGCAGGUCGCGAUGCCGGGGUGGCGCGAGGUGCAGCGCGAGGGCGAGACGGUGCACGUCAGCCCCGACGGCGAGGAGUUCGACACGAUCGAGUACGCGCACCAGGCGUUCCAGAUAGCGAACGCCAGCGGCGGCUCGCUGCGCGACGUGACGAAGGCGCUGAACAAGAUGCGGGAAGGCGAGGCCGAAGAGGUGCCCGAGGCACCGGGGCCGACUGUCGAGGGCCUCGCGCAGGGCAAGUUCAGGGGCGCAGUGCCGAGCCAGCACGACGACUGGAUGCACCGCGGAGACCACCCUAUUGUCCGAGACAUGAGCUUGUACGUCUACAGCAUCUGGGUGUACCGCGUGGAACUGCCGUUGCACGCCCUUCCGGCCGGGGAGCUGGAUCCCGAGGGCAGCGGGGGUCGCACCCUGCACGUCGACAUCGCCUUCGACUCGUCCUACUCCGCGGCGCGGAACUGGACUCAGAGGCUGGCCGUCGAGCCGCGCAUCCCGAAGGCCGACGGCUUCCAGUUCGUGAGCGCGGAGUCGAACGUGGAGACGCACUAUCUCAUGAAGUCGGCGCUGCUCCGGCCAGUGCACCUGCCGGACGCCGACGGGCCCAGCGACACGAAGGAGCUGCGCUACCUGCGCGC